GUUACGCAAAUGUAUUAUGAUAAACGGGAACUAAAAGGAUGAAGGAUCGCUACAUCAUUUCUGACCCCUCCCAUUUCGAGUUCCUUGAAUAUCUUGUUCUUAUUCUAGAAAACGCCUCCGAAGGCUUUUCAAUUUCCCGGCUCAGGUAAAAAGACCAACCCUCCUUCAUUUUGCCUAGGUACUUACUACCUAGGUACUUACUUGUACUCACCUUCUCAACUUGUUAGAACUUAGCACAAGUUACAACUCCUGUAUUGUAUUUCGACCGGGAUUCUGGGAACCAGCCGUUUCGAGUUCCCUGCAAUCAAUCACCUCCCGGCAUACCAGGAGGUCCUCACUUGCGGGUCCUUUUCUUGUCAGACCUUACAGGCUUACAGACCUGAUUAGCUUGCUUGAUAUCCCCUUCCCCUCCCCAUACAGACACCCAAGGUCCUAUUAUUCCAUCCCUCCUUACACCACCUGCAUGAGGCAUAUAACCUCAUACGGUCAUACCUACAGAGUAACACUUUCAGUAAGAGAAACUUGGGAUUUAUUGGGGAAUCGCGUUUAGACCCAUACAUGUUCCAUAUCCACCUUACCUAUCUAUAUCCAUAACUCGAGUACCCAUAGCAAAACUAAGCAAACUUACAGGCCACUUCCAUUAUUAUUACUAUCAUCAUCGCCCACCAAUGUCACCCACCACACACCAUACCUCCCUUGUGCCUUGUUGCUUGCUUGAUAGAAUAGAAUUGGGUCUGGAAGGGCGUUCAUCCUACUAACAAUUUAUACUUUUUCCUGGUGGCGAGACCCUAGAUCAAUCCGAGCUUUCCUCGAGUGCGGAGUAGGUUAGGUGGUUAGGUAGGUACUGUUUAUUUUAGUUCCCACUCUACCUGUUCAUACAUACAACUGCCAUUGCUAGAUCCCAUUUCGAUCAAAUAGCGCAUCAAAAGAAAUCAUACCAUACCACCUGUCAAGUCAAUCCUUUGUUUCUUUUUCGAUAGGGCAGCAUUUCCUUCGUCUUAUAAUAUCCAUACUAGUACACACCAAACAUUACGCAUUGGGUACGUGAGGGGGGUAGGCGCAUGUUGUACUCAUGAUGUCUUCAUACAUAGAUAAUUAUUUUAGCUGACCCUGAUUUACUUUCGCAGUUUCAUGCUUCGGGAUUCUUGAAGCUCCGAUACUCCACCAUUUCGAUUUCAAAGCUUCAGUUCGGGGACUCGAGAAUUAGUCGAACCAAAUUCCAGUGCUUAUUCAGGGCUUAGAACGUGCCCCCCAAUCCGGAUGCGGCCGAGCAACAGAAUCUUGGGUUCACGACACUCCGCCUCCUCAUAUCCUAUUUCAUAUAUAUCGACGACCCUCACUGAAAGAAGCAAUUGUAUAUAAGAUAUUCGAGGAGAGGCGCCUACUGCCUCCGGCUUGAAAACUGUGUAGGAGACUGGAAUCGAAAUCGCAUUUCGAUAUAGAAUAUGUCCCAAGAUCUUGGCACAAGGAAAAUACUCCCACAAAGUGCACAAAUGCAGAACUUUUCAUUUGCGCCAGCGAACUAUGGUGGACCGAGGGAGAAUCAAAAAAGUGCGCAGCUUUCCCUUCAUUUGUGGGAUCUUGAAGUUGACGUAGGCUAAUACAUCUUAGAUUAUGUCUUUGUUGACGAACACAAUCGCCACAAGCGUUUGAAGGGUAUGAGGUCUUCAAAACUGUGCGCUCUUUCUUACUGAUCCAAUAUAGUGAUGCGAGCUUGUGAGGGAUGUCGAAGGAGAAAAAUCAAAUGUGAUGCUGCAACAACGAAUACCUGGCCAUGCUCCGCUUGUACAAGGCUCAAGUUAGGAUGUAUCCCUCCAACGGUGAACUACGAUCGCGAUUUUCAACAAAACAAUCAAAGCUUCGAAGCAGAAGCGCCGCAAUAUGAUAAUGGAGGAAAUCCUAGUGACGGUUAUCAUCAACACGUUCCGAUACAAGCGCAAAUGUCUGGGCCAUCAAAGGUGGUACCUCCGAUUUAUACACAGCAACCUCCAUAUCCCGAUCCGAAUAAUAUGUACCAACCUAUUUCAUAUGGGGGACCUUCGAGUGCACAUAGUCAACAGACCAUGCACUAUAACAGUCUUCAGACUCCAGUCAGCGCGCUCAGCCAACAUACAGAAUAUUCACCACAAGCGGUAUAUCCUCCAGCAUCUCUUCAGCAGCAAGCCCAUGAUUCACCAGAAAACUAUAAUCACAGUGAAUAUGGCGGGGAAGAUUUGGCUGAUUUACUGGGAGAGCUUAAGAUGAACCCAGCAGGCACAGGUAAGUACUUUGAUUGCCGUACUAGCUUGUAAUUCUAAUAAAGAAACAGCUCCAUACCUGAACAACAAGAACAAGGCCAGAAAUUUGGUGGAGGAACCAGCUUUUGAAGAUAUUGAUGAAUACAAGAAUGCUUUGCCUCCAAUCACAAUAAGCGCAGAUAUGAAGAUCAGGAUUCCUCCGGAGUUACUUCCAGACGAACAGACUAUCCUACAUUAUUUCGAAUUGUAUUUCACGAAUGUACAUCCAUAUGUACCAGUUCUUAACAAAACUUUAUUUUAUCAACAAUGGCAUACCAAUAGAGAUGCCAUCUCCCCGCUGAUACUGGAAGCAAUUUUUGCAAUUGCUGGAAGACUUGUCGAUGAGCCAGCGCAGGGACAUCAAUGGCUCGCCCUUGCUUCAAGUAAGAAUUUAUCUCGCAGCUAAAUGAAACAUCUCACUAACUUCAUGUAGAACAUGCUGAUGCUUUCAUGGAUGUUCCCCGAUUGAGCACCCUUCAAGCAAACGUGAUAAUACUUAAAGCUAGAGAAUCUGCCCCGAAACGUGGAUAUUACUAUCGCUCGUGGAUGACUGUAGUGGCAUGCGUCCAAAUGGCGAAGGAUUUGGGGCUGGACGAGCACUAUGAAGACCACAAGGCAGGUAGAACCUGUGGCUCUGAUCUGGCCGACUGCAUCACCAAAACCCGAAUAUGGCAAACGAUCUUCGUCUGUGAAUUGAUGAUUGGUUCCCCACAGGGUCGAACCGAUUUAGCGGUUGAUAUGGAAACACUUGACUUGAGUGUGCACACAGCUGGAAUUGACAACGGAGAACUCACCAUCACACGCAAUUUUACUUGGUUCACACGUGUUGUUCGUAAUGUUCGGAGGAUGAAUAACGUAUACGCCAAGGUUAAGAAGAGGAAGGACUGGGGUAUCGAUCCAGAUUUCGUACAACUAAAUCCGUCUUUCGAGAGCUGGAUGAAUGAUCUGCCCGAAAGCUUGCAAAUUGAUUUUCCGGCGGACGGAUCUCCCCCAUGGCUACCUACCCAUUUCAUCGGCAAUCUGCACUCAUAUUAUUAUCUAAGUAUCAUUAUGCUUCAUCGGCCACAACUCACUUUCAUGGAACCAGGCUUGGACGGAUGGAAACACCAUAUGCUUAUAUGUUACAAUUCUGCGAAACUCCUUUGCAGACUUCAAGAGAGCGUGCUACAGUCAUUUGGCUUGACUGGUCUAUUAUGCAUGCAACGAGGCAUCAACUUCACCAUCUAUUGUGUCCUGACCUGUACAGUUCUGCAUUUGGUAUGUCAAACCUAACUUACCAAUUAUCUUUCAUGGUAUGUUGACAAUAUUAUAGGUUGCAAUCACAUCUCCGGAUCCAGAUCUAAACUCGGACGCUAGAGAAUACUUCACCAGACAUAUGAGAAUCCUAGAAAAGUGUACUAGCUCAUGGCCCAUGCCAGACAUGCAACAACAGAUUGAGUCACUCAGGCAAGCAUUUUCAGCUGACAUUAGGAAGCCUUUCGUUCUGAAACCAUCUUUCCCAUAUGGUAGCCCUGCAGUAGCACACAAUAGUAGCCCUGCCAGAGGACAUGUUCAACAAUAUCGUCAAGGAAGCACCAGUAUGGAGAGUCAAAAUCUGGGACAUCAAAAUGCCCAACAGCAACAAGUCAGUUAUACAAGCCACCCCAUAUCACCACCCAUAUCAGCUGGAGGCGUGGACACGAAAAGUGACUCUCCUGCCGUACAGUCUCUGGUAAUGAUGGCCACUGGCCAAAGAGCCCAGAUGCCAAUCACUAGCGGGGUUUCAAUGGCAGAUCACAAUCCAUGGAACCCGUCAAGAAUUUUUGAGUAAGUUGACUCUGAGUCCUUUCACCGGAGUUAAAAUACUAAUAUAUCUUUUAGCCAAUGGAACAGCACUUUCGGUACGCCUCCCGCUUCGAGCAGCUCUGCUUCUGAAACGACCCCUCCUCUAAAAAUUCCCUCUUCAGGUGCACAAGAACUCCCGACGCUCCCAGAAAUUCAAAUCCUCCCCAAUGUGAGCUUACCACCGGGCUCGCAACCCAUCCCUCCACAGCAGUAUUCUGGAGCGCCUAUCCCUUCUUUUGUGAGCCCAAGUAUGUGGCAAGAAUCGGUAGCGAAUGUAUAUGAAAGUGGGAUUAAAAGACAUUGGGAUUACUCUGAUCCCAACGAAAUGGUGAAUCCGAUCGCGAAACGAAGGGGGUAGUUCAUUUCGUUAAGUGAAGGUUGAAAGAUGAAAUGGUGUCGAUAGGAGCACGUGCGAUUAAUGAACUGCAACUACAACCGAUAUCGAUGGCAAGAAAACCAAGGCCGGUACACUCACUCGUUCACACACACACAAUCUAUUAUUGUUGCUUGGGAAUUAAUUAUCUAGUUUACAAGGAGUUUUAAUACGGACGGUUUGAUGCAUCCAGGUUUUGGUACAUGUACUAGCUCGACUGUCGCUUUACUCAUUUCCUAUCAAGACCUAGGUAUUCAGGGUAACUUCUCGCAUCACACCGAAUUUUCAAUAUUUUUGAUUACAAAAAGUAAUUGAUGAGUACAUAUAUAAAUAUUCAUACACGAUUUUGGGGUGGCAAAAGGCAAAAAGGCAAAACUCAUCAAAGAUGAUAAGUUGCAUAUUUGGGCAGGAUCAUUCGAAGGCAUUGAAAGUUAGGUCAGGAAGGAGGAAUUAGGCGCAAUGAUUGGAUGGAUGUAAAAGUCCUUGUCAUUGUCCAGACAGACGCCAAAUUUUGCAUUUGGAUUUGGUACUUGGUAUUGGAAUAAUGAUGAGAUGGAUGGAAGUAUGUUAAGGAGAAAAGGAAAGGAAAGGAAGAAGGAUAGUGUGUUGAUACUGUAUGUAUGUAUGUGUCUUGCCGUGACCAACGAGUGCAUUGAAAGAAAUGAAUUAAAAGCGUAAUGAAUUCAUUGUUAAAGUAU